AAGACGAUGAGAUAUACAUAUAGAUACAGACGGACCGCCAUAACUGAGCUUCGAUUGAAUCCGUGGUAGAGAGAGAGAGAGAGAGAGAACAGAGGUAGACGAUGGGUGAGAGUGCGACAAUCGACGACGAUUUGCUUCUCAAGAACUUCUUCGCCGAGGUCAGCGAAGUUGAGCGCGAGAACGAAGUCCACAGGAUCCUCUCAUGCUUCAAGUUAAAUGCAUUCGAGUUUCUUAACCUACCAUUUGAUUCAUCUCUGGAGGAUGUGAAAAAACAAUAUCGUAAGUUAUCUUUGCUGGUUCAUCCUGACAAAUGCAAGCAUCCACAAGCUAAGGAGGCAUUUGCUGCAUUAGCAAAAGCCCAACAAUUGUUGCUUGAGCCACAAGAACGAGAGUAUCUUCUUAACCAAGUUACUGCAGCAAAAGAAGAACUUAGAGCAAAGAGGAAGAAGCAGCUUAAGAAAGAUAAUGCUUCUAAGAUAAAGUCAUUAGUCGAUGAGGGAAAAUAUGAACAAGAUUAUGAACGGUCUCAGGAAUUUCAGCAACAGCUGAAAUUGAAGGUUCGUGAGAUUUUGACAGAUCAAGAAUGGCGGAGGAGAAAAAUGCGGAUGAGGAUAUCAGAAGAGGAAGGUAGACUGAAGAAGGAUGAAGAAGAAGCACAGGAAAUGUGGAAAAGAAAGCGCGAGCACGAGGAGCAGUGGGAAGGAACAAGAGAACAAAGGGUUUCCAGCUGGAGAGAUUUCAUGAAGGGUGGUAAGAAGGUAAAGAAAGGAGAGAUUCGACCCCCAAAGCUGAAGACAGAAGAUCCUAACAAAUCAUAUGUUCAGAGGCCUGUGAAGCGAGCUUAAUAAAUUUCAAUUCAAGCGGUUUGGGCUUUUUGGUAAUUUGUUACGGUUUCAACAAGGCAAGCUAUGCUGAAAUUUAUGGCUUAAUAUAUGUCAUCUCUCUGUAUUCAAAGCUCUGAUUGUUUCCAAAUCCUUUUAAGAUACCUUAUUUGAGUAAAGACGAUUGACAUAGUUUGUACAUUGCAUUCAACUAAUAAUUGCUUUUCAAGUAGGCACACUUAACGUCAUUGAACGA